AUGAGGAAGAUGUGUUUAAUGCUGACGCGAGUACCAGACCACUUCAGCCAGUACCAGCCAAUACCAGACCACUCCGAGGCAUCCAGGCCGACCUCACAGCCCAGCGAGAAGCAGCACUUCCAGGCUCAGUCCAGACAGGAAUGCAUCCAGCUCAAGCCAGUACCAGACCGCUCAAGCCAGUACCAGACCACUCCAGCCAGUACGAGUCAGUACCAGACCGCUCCAAGAAGCAGCAGGAAUGCCCUUGACAGUGAACUUUUCCAGUUGAACAUGAAAGUUCAAAAUAUACUUGAGAACCAGGGAGAAAGUAUGCGCAUGCUGAGAGGGCUGGCAGCACAGUCUGUGGGGCCAGAAUCUGUGGAUGUUCAAGAUCUCAUUGAUCAGCCUUUCGAGACUCUUGAGCAGCUGAAGGCCUUCUGUGAACGGCUCGACACUGAUCUUCUGCUCAGAGAGCAGCUGGUGAAAGCUCUUACUGCUCUUGGUGGGCAGAAUUUGGCAGACACGGUGAGGACAAUGCUGAGGAAAAUUGCCACAAACAAAGUCCUGGAGCAGCUUGGCCUCCGUGGAAAGUCAGGAAAAGUGGCGUUUGAGGACUUUCCCCUUUACAGAAUAAUAAAUAAGGCAUGCAGGGGUGUUUACAAGCAGACGACCACAGCUGAAGUGGAUUGUGAGCUUGGAGAGGUCCUGAAACUGGCCACUUUUCGAAAGGGAGGUUCAAAAUUUGAGGAGAAGAGGAGGAAUUAAGAGGGAGGACAAAAAAGGAAAAAGAAACAAGCAAAAGAACAGAGUGAGAUGAGAGGAUUUGGGUUUCCCUGCUUGGGCUGCUGCCCCCGCGACCCGACCUCGGAUAAGCGGAAGAAGAUGGAUGGAUGGAUGGAUGGAUUUACUUCCAGGAAGAGAACCAAGAAGGGGCAGGAUACACUGACGAGCACGACCAAGACC